CUUGAAUACAUGAACCUUCCUGUCACAGGUUUACAACAGGUGCUUAAGUUUAUAAUCCCCUAAUUUUCACUAAAAUACACGCCAUAAAUAAAACCUUUCCUAUCCCUGAUUAUAUCCCUUUUAGCAGGGCUUUUGCGUCUCAAUCCUCUAAUUGCCUCUCCUGUACAUUGUCUCAGGUCGGCGUGUGAUUUUUUCUUCAGGGUAACUUACGGGGUUGGAGCCUCAAAGGACAAAAAAGAGUCAAGAAGCCCUCGCCCUCUCUCUCCUCAUAUACAACACAUCUUAUCAUUAUGCCUCCAGUCCAACAGCACUUUCAGCAACAUCAGCCAUCUAACUUUGAGAAAUUCAAGAUGGGCGCUAUGAUGGGCGCCACCGUCGGUGUGGUUGUCGGUGUCGUCUUUGGCGGAAUGUCCAUCUUGCAGAGCGGUCCAGGCCCUAAUGGUGUCAUGAGAACCUUGGGGCAGUACAUUGCCGGUUCUUCUGCCACCUUCUGCCUUUUCAUGUCCAUCGGUUCUGUUAUCAGAUCCGAGGGCCACCUCAUCGAGGAGAGACCAGCCAGAACCUUGGCCGAGUUGAGACAGCGUGUCAUGAGACAGCACGUCAUGAACAUGCAGAAGAACAAGUCCUUGUCCUAGCUGACAAGAAUCAUACUUUAUGCAGAACUUGUUUCCCGCCUCUGUAUAUACUGCUAUAAUGAGUAAUGUAAUAUCUAUUUCCAUGGCUUGUAAGAAUUGGAGGGCUAAUACGCCGUUAUGUUGAUUCUUCGUGGUUGACGAAUGGAUAAGGGCAAGGUUCUGAGGACGUGAUUAAGCUAUGAGAGUUGCUCGCACAUCUCGUCAAACAUUGAUUUGGUCGAAAGUAUCGAAGGCUGAGAUCAAAAAAGUGGUGUGAAGGGCUGUAAUCGAAUGAGACGAUGUGAAAGGUUCUGCUCCAAGUUUUCUCAGGCGAUGGAAGGUUAAACCCCAAACAGAUCGAUAUUCUGGAGAUAGCAGCUAGCGGAGUUGUAAGGGAAUUGGUUUUCGUAUUUAAAGCGACGGCCAAAUUUCGUCGGCCAAGCAAUGCUUUGCUGAAAGAACUUGCAAUACCGGUACCAAGCUGAAUGGCCA